CUUCUCUUGACACUUCCCUUCUACACAUCAUACACGUCUGCGUUGACCAUUGACUCAUCGGUCCAUGGCUGCCGAAUCAAGAUGGCACACAUGCGCCCAACCAACUAACAUGGGCCAUGGCAUCAUCCUUCAAAGGCCUCUAUCGCGAUGCGGUCGCGGGCCAGGCUUGAUUCUGAUAGUUCCAGCAAGUCUAGCCGACUGCGAAGCGACGAACUCGAGUCUGGACCCAAGGCCGCUGCAAAAAUGGGCCGAAGAGGGCUAUACCGUCAUGCAGAUUACUCUGGAUGCCGAAUCCAGCGCGGAUGAGGAUAACGUUUGCAGGAAAGUAAAGAGUGUGACGGAUAUACUGAGCGCUCUGAACGAAUGCUCGAGGAAUGACCACUUUGGUCUUCUUGUCUACGGCUCCCAACUCGACUACACUCCAUCAUUCACCACCACACUCCAACGCAUCACACAAUCCGGACCCAUCGCAGCAAUAGUCUACCACAGCUUCUGGGAGACACCAUCCCAAUCCUCGAUCCCAAGCCUGAUCCACCUCCCCGACUCCAACAACCCCCCUCAGCCCCCUACUCCCCAAACGAUCAUGUACACCUACCCCGACGCUAUCUCCCCAGGCUUUAUCGUCCCAGGGCACGAGAACUUCAAAUACAUCACCGCGGGGGUAGCUCACACACGCACACUCACCUUCUUGAAGCACCAACUGAAGGGACCAUACUUCGACCUCGAGAAGAUCUGGGCCGAGCACACGCGCCACGAGUUCGAGGACCGGUCAGUCGAGAAAACCAUGGCGACCAUGGUCGAUGAACCUUAUGUCAACCAUAUUCCGACCAUGACCGGCGGCAUUGGCCGCGCCCGCCUCAGCAACUUCUACCUGAACCACUUCAUCUUCAAAAACCCCGACGACACAGCCUUGGAACUGAUCAGUCGAACAGUCGGUGUCGAUCGCAUCGUCGAUGAAUUCAUCUUCUCCUUCACCCAUGAUAAAGAGGUGGAUUGGCUGCACAAUUCCAGGAACCCCCCAACGCACAAAACACUCCAAAUCCCCUUCACCUCAGUCGUCAACAUCCGCGGUGACCGGCUCUACCACGAACACAUCGCCUGGGACCAAGCGACCGUGCUCACGCAGCUGGGACUACUGCCGCAAUGGCUUCCCUUUCCGUACGCGCUUCCCGGGGAGAAACUUCCAGCGAGGGGGAAGAGAUUCGAGUACCGGGUUCCUGCGGCGGGGGCGGAGACGGCGGAUAAAUUGAGAGAUGGGGGCGCGGUGGAGUCGAAUAAGAUGCUGGCGCUAGGGGAGGGUGGUGCGGUUAGGGAGGUGGAUGAUAUAUAA